GCCUUAUGCCGGGAAGAAUAUUAAGAUGUCGUACGUAUUUGCUGCGUGCCCACCUCCCGUGAAUGUAUGUGAUGAUGGUACUCUACUCUUUUAUCUACAAUUGAAGAGUUUGCAAAAGGACCCGAUGCAAAUGCCGUUGUGUGUUGAAUUUGUAUCCGGUGAGGAGGUUGAUGCUACGACUGGAGAGGAACAGAGCAUCACAAUAUGUGAUGAUAUUCACAAUGAAAGUGGAAUUAAUCCUACGAGUUAUCUCGAAGAGCGUGGUGGCUUAAGUGAUGAAGGCAAUGAUUUCAGUCACACUGUCGAUGCAGACUUUGAACUUGAACAUAUUUCGAGUGCUGAAAUUACGAGGUUAAAUUCUCUUGUAGAUGAAGAGAUUCGUAAUAUGCCUGUAGUUAAGCAUUCCGAACCCACGCGCAUUGCAUUGAACAGCAUCUAUGGAAGCAAGAAGGAACUUGAUUUUCACUUAAAGAUGUAUGCCAUUACCAACUUUUUUCAAUAUAGAACGAAGACAUCUUGCCCGAUGGUUUUGCAUGUUGUGUGUGUUGAUUACCCCAAUUGCAAGUGGGCUGUGCGUGCUGUCUGCAUCGACAAAGUGUCAUUGUUUCAAGUUAAAAGAUUUGACUCUGAGCACACAUGCCCCAUUGAUGUGCGUCAACGAAAUAACCGCCAGGCUACGUCUAGGCUUAUUGCCGAACUAAUCAAACACGAGUACGGUGAUCCCUCAAAUAAGCCAUAUCCUCCGAAAUCAGUCAUGCUUGAUAUGCAAACCAAGUAUGGCAUUUACAUGUCAUACAAAAAAGCAUGGAUUGCCAAAGAAUUGGCAAUGGAAUUGGCUAUGGGAUCUGAAAAACAAUCAUAUGCUCGGUUACCUUCCAUGUGUCAUGUGCUUGAUAGGAGUAACCCAGGUUCUAUUGUUUCUUAUUCCUGCAAGGAAAAUGGUGAAUUUAAAAAAAAAUUCAUGUGCCUUUCUGCAUGGAAAGAUGGCUGGAUUCAUUGCAUUCCUGUUAUAAUUGUGGAUGGGUCUUUUUUGAAGUCAUAUUACAAGGGUACAUUACUCACUGCAUGUACACAAGAUGCAAACAAACAAAUAUUUCCUUUGGCAUUUGGUAUUUGUAGUGGGGAAAAUACUGAAAACUGGUCAUGGUUCUUCAGCAUGUUGAAGCGUUCGUUGACGCAUAGGGACGAUCUAUAUAUUGUGUCUGAUCGGCACGAGGGCAUUAUUAAUGCUGUGCGUUCUGUAUUUCCUCAUGCGGAGCAUGGGUAUUGUGUUUACCACAUUCUGGCUAAUUUGAAAACAAGAUUUCGUGGUUCCCAAACAUCCGUGUCAUGGAAGUUUUUGCAGGCUGCUCGUGUAGGAUCUGUGUAUGAGUGUGAAGAGUACCUUCGCAUGCUUGAUGUUGAGGAUGAACGUAUUCGUACGUAUUUAGAGCGGAUCGGUCACGACAAAUGGUCUCGUGCAUAUGCCAGUCGGAAUCGAUACUCGGUUAUGAUGUCAAACAAUGCCGAGUCAUUAAAUGCAGUUAAUGCCACGGCCCGAGAAUACCCAAUCUGUAAGUUGAUAGAGUUUAUUAUUGCUAGGAUGCAAAAGUGGUUCUGUGAAAGGCGAGAAACUUCGUCGUCGAACACUUGUCGUUUAUCUACACACUUUGAGUCUGAGCUAGUAGUUUUACAAGCUAUGGCCGCCGUGAUGACAGUAUUUCCCUCAAACCAUUGUCUUUAUUUCACUGCUUUAUCUGUCUCUAUUCCACUACUAUUUCAUUUAAUUGUACAUUUCAAAAUAUUUUAUUUUGUUUUUGGUUAUUUGAUAAUGAAUUGUGCAGGUGAAACCAUCAUGUGCUUUUGAGUUUGAGGUGUUUGAUAAGAAAUCCCGCUCGUAUGUUGUCAACUUGAAGGAACGUACGUGCACUUGUCGGGAAUUUGAGCUUGAUGGAUUUUUGUGUGUACAUUCCGUUGCUGCCAUUCGCUCUCGACCAGGUCUUUCUUGCUACGAUUAUAUAUCAGAAUUCUAUACAGCACAUCAUUGGGCACAAACAUACUGUGGCAUUAUUCAUCCUAUUGGGAGUCCAGAUGGUUGGAUGGUACCCUCGCAUGUGAGUCAAGUCAUUUGCAAGCCCCCAUCAUGCGAAUCACGACCUCCUGGAAGGCCAAAGAAGAGAAGGAUUCCGUCUACUGGAGAACAUGUUCGGAAACAAACAUGCACUCGUUGUCACAUGGCUGGACACAACCGAAAGACCUGUAGAAAUCCGAUUCCGCUACACAUGCGUUAAAAACUGCUUUUAAUUUGCUGUUUUUUUUAAUAUUUCUACGAAUUUAGUGACAUUCACCACUUUGGUUUUGUUUUGUUUUUGAACAUUCUUGUUAUUUAUUUCUGGAUAUUAAUUCCAUAUGACUUGCUUCCCUCC